AUGGCGGACGAAACUGAGCUCGAUGUCGAUGUUGAAGGCGAUUUUGACGUUAAAAUAGGGUCUGAUUUGGACUUUGCGUUCGAUACCAAUGAGCCUCCUUCACGCACAGUUCAUCUCCAACCCGAGUUCACUCACCAUCCUUGGGUUUUGGAGCAGGGUUGGUCACUCGACAACUGCACAGAUGAGAAGAGCAAGGCCACAAUAGAGAAAAUGCUACAGGAAGAACAAUAUUACUUGAAUGGUCAUCGCCCACCUGGAAAGUUGGCUAAGAAAAUGGUGAUACCCCAGGCUACUACACUGAAGAGGACAUGGGCUCCAGAAGAGAAAGAACUGUUUCUAAGAGGGCUAGAAAUCCAUGGAAGAAGUUGGACAAAAAUAUCUGAAAUCAUUCAGACAAGGACGCCUCUCCAAGUGAAGAACUAUGCGCAACAGUAUUUCAAACAGCAAGCUAAGUUUCAACAAUCAAAACCCUUAGCUGCAGCAACAAUUAGUGAGCCAGGUUCAUGCCUGGAAGCUACUCUUAUAUCGGUUACGACUGCUCAACCUACUGUGUCUGUUUCAUCCCGAAAAUAUUCCAAAAGGUCACCCCAAAAAUUAUCAUUGACAUCACACAGUGGCAGAACUACGAGUCCAUUGAAAUCUAAGGCUGUCAAGACUGUUCGUCAAAUUAUACAAGAUGGAAUGGGUGAAUCGGAAAAGCAUGUUCAUGGGGAUAUAAAGAUCAUGAAUUUAAUUGCACAAGACCCGACUGUGAAGAAGAUUGAAAAGGUUUCAGAUGAUGAGGAUGUUGAGAUUGAUGUGGAGUUUGAUGACGAAAUGUCAGAACAUAGUGCAGUAGAUCAGACCGCAUCGGGUCCUGGUAUGCAAACAAUUGUUGUAAAAACCGAUAGUCCAGCAGAUAAUGAUAAAGUAAGGGACAUUGAGGACAGAAUUUCAGUAUCUGUAGCAAUUCCAAGUCGGGAAACUCAAGAGGGGAAGGGUUUCAUGGUGUUGGUACAUGAUACAAGUAAGGAGGUUCAAGAGUCUUGUGCAAGUUCGGCAGCUGUUACUUCAUCGGAUCAUGAGUUCCAGCAAAUCAAGAUGAAUUCACGAACUGAAGAGGCAGGAUUAGGAGUGUCCUCUGCAUGCGAAGGUGGUGAGGCCACAAACAUUCUUGUUAUUGAGACGGAGUCAAUUGAUGUUGACGUCGACGAACCAACAGAUCGAGAAAAAGUGCAAUGUUUAACUGGUAAUGAUGAGAACAGAGAAUUAAAAUCGUCAAUCACUCGAUGCCCUGAGAAGGGAUGUGUGCAGUCAGAAUCUGCAAGUAUUGAUGAACUGAAAAUGUGCUCUGAAAAUCUAGUGUUGCAGGGCUUGGAAACGUGCAAUGAAACUGUCGGUCAUGAGGUGUCCGAGUCGGAAAGCUUAGAUGAACAUAGUUCUGAGAGUUUGACAAUCAAAACUCCAGUAACCCAUCCAGAAAUGGAAACGGUUGUAGCCGGUGGUUCACAGUCGGAUGAAACCGAUUAUGAGGAGUGUGGUGGUAAAGAUGAUCAGUUAAUGAAAGAUGGGGAGGAAAAUGCAUCAGGGGGCUAUAUUUUGACAUCUGCUGGUGAAUGCAUAUUCUUCCCUCCACCAACAGAAGAGGUACAGGUUGAAAAGGAGACCAUUGUUGAAGAGGAGAGGCAGAUUCAUUCCGAAUUCUUUGUGGGUCGGGCGUCAAAAACACCUGAGCGCUAUAUGAGAAUAAGAAACUACAUCAUAGAUGCAUGGGAGAAGUGUAAACCGGAGUAUCUCAAUAAGACAUCGGUGCGGCCAGGACUGAAGAACUGUGGCGAUGUCAAUAGUAUUGGACGAAUUCAUGCCUACUUGGAGCAGAUUGGGGCCAUCAACUUCGGAUGUGAGCAAGCCAACUACUUUCGACGAGUGAGGCCUCCGCUUCCUUCAAGUUCAAAGGAAAAAAGACCUGAAUCGAGGGCUGACCGUACUGAUCCUGUGAAAUCACGAAAAAGAAGAGUACGCGAUGUGUUUGGUGAAUGGAUUGAUGAAUCAGAACUAGAAGGUCGAACAAUUGAGCACAAGUCUGAAGAACACCGGCCUAGUGCUGUGCCCAGAGCUCGCACUCCCAAGAUAAGAAAAGACACGUAUUGGUAUGACCCAUUCAAGUUAUUACCAUGUGAAAAAUUCCCAAGUGAAUUACCAGCGCCGUUCAUGUUAGACAUGUCAUGCUCCGCGAUGGCCGUGAUGGACGUGCAUGCCCAUACCUCCAAGACCGAGGUGAUCGGCCUGCUUGGAGGUCACUACAACAAGGAGAGAGGGGCGUUAGAGAUACUGACUGCGGAGCCCUGCAACAGUCUCAGCACUGGUAUGCAGUGUGAGAUGGACCCAAUUUCUCAAACUCAGGCGAUGGACCGCAUCACGAAUGAGGACUUCAGUGUAGUUGGUUGGUAUCAUUCCCAUCCAACCUUUGCACCAAAUCCUUCUGUGCGAGACAUCGAAACGCAAGAGAAGUUCCAGGACUGGUUUUCUCAAGGAGGUCUGCCCUUCAUUGGUGUGAUAGUGAACCCCUAUAACAAGGCCAGUCAGUCGCCCUGUUCAACCUUCAAGUGUUUGAUGGUCAGGAAGGACAAACACCCUGAAGCUGAGUGCCAUUCCCCAUUCCAGUUUGACUACCAGGUCAUUAACACCGGCAUUCCAUUGGGACAGUUGUUGCUCAAACUGCGCGACCUCAUUCAGGUGUCGGCCAAGAGUUCCCAUCGUGUUGAGAUGUUACGUCUCUACAAGAGAACGUCGGAUGUGACCUGCUUGGAAAAGAUGUUACUGUCAAUGAAAGACUACCUUAGAAACCGGAUCGACAAUAUGGACAAGCUUAUCAUGGUGCUACGUGACCUCAUGAUGGAGAACUUCGUAGAAGAGGAGUUCGAUUCAUAAAAAUCAAAUUUUUAUAUUAGAAAAUGGUUUGCAAGUUUUGAUCAGGUUCUAUAUACAUGUCACAAACGCAACAAGGAAAACUGUAGAUCACUUUAUCUUUGCAAUAUUCCAAUGUUUAUGUCCAUUUUCCAUGUUAAGUAGCACCCUUUAUACACAAGUUAUGAAUUACAUAAUUAAUGCUAGGCUUUAACUAGUCCUAUCAGCUCUUUAAAAGUUGAUUUGUUACAGUGUUCUCUGCAGAUUUGAGGUAAGAGAUGACGCUUGAUACAGGGUUGGGGCGCCCCUUGGCAUUUUCGCCACUUGGGAAUGUUGCACAUGAGUUGCGAAUGUAAAACAAUGUCUGGCUAAACAUUUUGCAAAUUCAUUUUGAAUUGCCAUGAUGUGGCGAGAGAGUAAUAGUGUUGUGCGAAAAUUGGUCAAAGUCUAUCAAAAAGAUCCACUUCCACACCAAAUACACCAAGAAACGAUCGUUAGUCAGUCAAACUUUAUCAUAUUUGCGGGCGGCCGCCCUAUCACACGUUGUUGCUAUCGUCUGCAUUGUAGUUCUACCCGUUGCCGCUACAGUGAUUUGGUGGCGCUGCUGGUCGCCUACCGGCUAGUUUCCCGCUCGCUUCGUUGCCAUGGAGUCUCCGGUCACGUGUUCCUCGAAUCGUUCGUUGAUUGGCUAGUCUCAGUACUGGCGGGCUGCCAUUCUCGCACAUGUUACUGUUGGCUGGGUCGGACCGGACAAACGAUCGGCAAUGGCUAGAGCUAACUCAAUAUGGCUAAACGUGACAGCCACUAGGAGGAAAAAAUUCACAGAGCCAACCCUGUGAUACAUUGAAGUCAAUAAUGUUAUUUGUUAAGGUCAAUCAUUGUCACCAGUCUAUGGGCUUCUUGAAAAGUCCCGUAUUGUUUUGAUUUUGCAUAACAUUUAUGCAUAAUUUCAGCAUAUUGCACUUUUGUUUUUAAAUCUGUUGUUUUUUAUGUAAAUAAGAGGUUCUAUCUGAAAAAUAUAUGUUAUUUUAUAUUGGA